UUUUACUCGACGCGAUUCUUUUUUUGGUUCUAGUUCUUCUCUUUCACAUUACUUACUUGUCCUAUAUAACUUCUUCUCAUGUCGACAAAAGAUUUGGCCGAUGUUGAGGAUACUAAUGCUCUUGCAUACAAACGUGAUGGAAGUCAAUUGGUAGCAGUGCGACAAGAUGCUUGUAUCAACAUUUAUGAUAAUUCAGUCCACCAUGACAUUAUAGAGCCUAUUAGAGAUGAACAUGUGGAACCUAUUGGUAGUGUAGCUAUUUCUGACGCUUAUAUCGCUACUGCAAGUAACGAUGGAAAAGUACUCUUAUUUAGCACAACGGACAACAAAUUCUCAAAGCUUCUAUUCCGUAGUCAAGUACCUGUACGUGACAUUGCAUUCAAUUCUACUGGGAACAAAUUGGCAGUGGCUUCAGAUGAAAAUAUGAUUCGGUUAGUAUUAGUCAAUGAUGUGACCAAUAUUGUAGUGUUAGAAGGUCAUGUCCAAACGGUGAAAUCUUUGGCCUAUGAUCCAAAAGAUAAGUACUUAGUGUCUACUGCAUGUGACGGCACGGUGAUUAUUUGGCUUAUCAAUCCUUCUACCGGUGCUCCUGGAAUGGUCAAAUCUUUCAAAGGUCAAUUACCUCCUACGUUACCUGAUAUUAUUCGAAACUCUACAGUGUCUUGGAAUCCAAAUGGUUCUUAUAUUGCAAUGCCCGGUCGAAAUGGAUCUAUUCAACUUAUUCAGCGUGACAAAUGGUCUAUUGCUCAUACUUUGGUGCAUCCACGGGUUGAGGAAGCAACUCAUGUAACUUGGUCUCCUAAUGGACGUUAUCUUGCAUCAACUGGAAAACACAAACAUAUUUACAUUUGGGAUAUAAAAACUCGACAAAUAGUGAGUCAACGCGAUAUCACCCGUCAAGUUACAGCUCUCGUUUGGAAUCCUAUUAGAAAUGAAUUGACUUAUACGACUUCUGGUUCAGAUGGAGUUUUGACUUGGGAACCUGCUGUGCCUGAAACCUUACAAAGCCCAUUGAAACAAUCCUCAAGACGAUCAACCACCGAUACACCACCGAUAGAGUCAUCAAUGCCUGAUUUUUUGGACGAUAUGGCUUUGACUGAUACUUUGGAUGGAGAUGAUAUUUCUUUGGCUGGUACUGAAGAUGAUGUCGCUGAAAUUGGUGAAGAUUUAGAUGGGAAUUUAUUUUCUGAUAUGGAAAGUGUAGAGGGGCAACCACAUCAAGAUGAAAUGGAACAACAACAAGCACCUAUACAUCAUGUCAAAGGACCUGUAUCUACUUUGGAAUGGCCUAUGCGAUUUCAACCUGGUUCAACUACCUUCAAAAACAUGGUCAAUCCUACAACACCUGAAGAGAAUGAACGACGAUAUCUCGAUUUUAACUUGGUUGGUAUCGUAUAUACAAUCUAUCAAAGCUCUCAUUCUAUCGUCAAUGUUGAAUUUCAUGAUCAAUCAGAAAAUCGCAACUUCCAUUUCUCGGAUUAUUUCCAUUAUACAAUGGCGGCUUUAGGUUCCAAUGGUUUGGUAUUUGGUGUCGAAGGUCAAGAAAAGGUCAAAGAAAGACGAUCUAGAACAACAAAUGGAAUUGAGGAUGAUGAUGAUCUUAGUAAUAGUGACGGUGAUGAAGAAGAUACAAUGGAACGCACUUCAUCUAUGGUACAUUACCGGCCGCUUAAUUCUUGGUCAAAUCAAAAAGAAUGGACUGUUCAUCUACCAUUGGGUGAAGAUGUGGAAGCUGUGGCUAUCAAUGAUGUUUCAGUGAUUGCUGUUACCAGUGCUGGUUAUGUUCGUAUCUUUACUAUCUCUGGUGUACAAAAACACAUAUUCUGUAUUCAAGAUGUGGUGUCGAUUGUUGGUAAAUCAGAUUUGGCAUUCUUUGUAUGUUCAACAGGUCCUACUAUUAAUAAACAACAACAAGUACUAGAAUUCAUCCUCCUCAAUACCAGCGACAAUGAUAUAUUACAACGAGGACCCAUGCCUAUUUCUACAGAACAUGAAUUGACUUGGAUUGGUUUCUCAGAAACCUCACAACCAGCUUCCUAUGAUACAAAGGGUAUAUUGCGUGUUCUUCAUCGACAACGUCGACCUGGUCAAUCUGCUUGGGUACCUCUCUUUGAUGGUGUACAGAUCGCUGCCAGACGUGAACGAAAUGAAAGAUAUUGGCCCAUUGGCUUGUUACAUGAUCGACUUAUGUGUAUUAUUUUGCGGGGACAAAAUACUGAACCUUAUUUCCCUGUCCCAUUGUCAACAGAAGUGGAACUUCGAGUGCCAACGGCUGCUGUGGAUUUGAAAUAUGAUGAUCUAGAAGAAAGUUACUUAAGGAAACGCAUUGUUACUUUACACGAACGAGAUGAAGCAGAUGCAACUGACUCAUUAGAACAACAUGAACAGUUCAUUGACCAGGCAGAACUCGAUAUGGAUAAGGCAUUACUACAAUUGAUUCAGUUAGCGUGCAAGACUGAGAAAUUAAACAGGGCAUUAGAUUUAACGAACGCAUUACACUUAUCAAGAUCAGUGGACGCAGCUAUUCAAAUUGCAUCCCAUCAUCGAUUGACCACCUUGGCGGACAAGUUUACGGAAAUCAAGGAAAUUAAUUUUAUGAACCAACAUCGACAUCGAACAGCACAUACUACAGCAUUACACGAUUUCCAACAAUCACAAGUCAGUCUAUUCCCUUCAUCUACAUCUACCAUGUCAAGUGAUCUUGCAUUUGUGGACCGUGCUCCUAGUAAUGGAUAUGAAAGCAGUAUGCACCUUGGUGGAUUUUUAGGUUCCAACCGAAAACGACCUUCUCCUUCAACAAAUGGUACACUAGACAUUGAUGAUGAUUUAGAUCUGGACCAGACUCAAAUGACAACCUCAACAACUGAUAUGGACACAACCAUGACUUCUCCUUUACCCAAACGAUCACGAUAGUUAGUUUUUUUUUUUUUUUCUACACCUCUCGUCUAUUCAGUAGUAAUAAAAAUCUUGUAGUAUUCAAGCCUUAUGAUUCC